CAUACUAAUAAAUAAUCAAAUCCUAAUACCUUCCUUUUUAGAACUUUUGAAUCUUACCCUUGUUUGAUUAAGCUAAAUGUGCUGAAUUUAAAAGUCAAAAGACAUAAUUAAGGAAUCCACAGUUCUUCCAAUGAUAUCAUAAAAACUAGGAUUAAGGUACCACUUGGCAAAAGCUAAACGGUUUGUUUAACAUUAAUCUCAAUAAUAAUGAAGAAUCUUUACUCAAAACUAUGAAAUAAAAAAACUAAAAAAAAAAAAAAAGAGAGAGAAACCUAAGUUCCUUCUGAUCAAACAACCGUAUUGGGAAAUGAUCCGCGUAGGACAAAUUUCGUUAUUUUACCCCUUUUUUUUUUUUGGGGGGGGGGGGGUGAAGGGGAGGGUGGCAGUGGUAGAUGCGAGAUCAGCAUUCACAAAGCUUAAAAGCAAUAGAAGCCCCCAAAGAUUAGCUAUAAGAGGCAUCUAAGCUAAAACUCUGUUUUAUAAAAGCAGAGCAAAUUAAUAUUGUCCCCUGAAUAGGCAAUGCUUCAAUCAUUUUAGCGCACUAUUUUUUUUGUACUCAGUAGAAGAAAAUAGGGUUUCUUUUUUCUUUUUCUUGAAGCAAAGAAAUUUUGGGUCUUCGAAGUUAUGAGUAAAGAAGAAGAGGACGAAAUAGAAAACAGGGGAGGAGGGUUGAAACCGGCGUCGGGGCCGUACAAAUGGCUGGCGAGCUUCCACCGUGAUCUAAUGGCGGGAGCGGUGAUGGGUGGCGUGGUGCACACGAUCGUGGCACCGAUUGAGAGGGCGAAGUUGUUGCUUCAAACCCAAGAGAGCAAUUUGGCUAUCGUGGCGGGUGGGAGAAGGAAAUUCAAAGGGAUGCUUGAUUGUAUCUUCCGUACGGUUAAAGAAGAAGGUAUUCUUUCUUUAUGGAGAGGCAAUGGGAGUAGUGUUCUCAGAUAUUACCCUUCUGUUGCUCUUAAUUUCUCCCUCAAGGAUCUGUAUAAAAACAUAUUAAGAAACGGUUAUUCUGAAGAUGGUCAUGUUUUCUCUGGAGCAUCUGCUAACUUCAUUGCUGGAGCUGCAGCUGGUUGUACAACAUUGAUCUUGAUCUACCCUCUUGACAUUGCUCACACCCGCCUUGCUGCAGACAUUGGAAGAAGCAAUGUCCGUCAAUUCAGAGGAAUCUACCAUUUCCUGAGCACCAUACGCGAAAAAGAUGGGAUACGAGGAAUUUACAGGGGUCUUCCUGCUUCUCUACAAGGGAUGAUUGUUCAUCGGGGUCUAUAUUUUGGUGGAUUUGAUACUAUAAAGGAAAUCUUGUCUGAAGAGUCCAAAACUGAGUUGGCAUUAUGGAAACGUUGGGUGGUUGCACAGGCUGUGACAACAUCUGCUGGAUUGUUGUCAUAUCCACUUGAUACAGUUCGGAGGCGGAUGAUGAUGCAAUCUGGCUUGGAACAACCGAUGUACCAUAGCACACUGCAGUGCUGGAAGAUGAUUUAUAGAACAGAGGGGGUGAGUUCGUUUUACCGCGGGGCACUAUCUAACAUAUUUAGGAGCACUGGUGCUGCAGCCAUCUUGGUUCUAUAUGAUGAGGUCAAGAAAUUCAUGAAAUGGGGUGGAUUGUAGGUGGAAGCAAUUUUUGACAGUCUUUCUUUUUUGAGCUAAAAGGAUUAGAGUAGAAUGAGAUUCAGGAUUUACAACUGGAAAAGGCCUUGUAAAACUGCAACUGAGAUUGAUACUAUCAUUACCAUGUUGUUUACUAGAUGACAUUCAUUUACCACAUUGGUGAACCUCACCAUGAUUUUGCUUGACGAAUAAAAGAGGAAAUUGUUGCUUGUCGAA